AUGCUUUUUGCUCAAGUUUUAGAACUAUCAUCAUUUGUACCUUUCUUUUCCACUUUUUUAGUCGGAUCGAUUUGCCUCUCUUCCAAUCGACGCAGUUCCACCUUGGGCUCAGAGCCUGGCCGUCCCGGCACUGAUGUUGCCUUUACCCACCAUCGAACUCAACUCCAAACUCAAAAUCAGCAACAACAGUAUCAGCUACAUUUACGCUCUGGCAGUACGGUCCCAAGCCUACACUCUUCCACGCGUAAUGGGCCUAGUGCGAUGGUUUUUGGAGAUACAGCCUCAGGCAUGAGCUCGAACGUUAGUUCACGACAGACAACGCUUGAUCGGCACAGUACGCCUAGCCACUCUAACGCCGGUGGUGUAACUGGCGGACUUGUGCCUCGGGGUCACACCUUAUUUCAUGUUCCGGCACAGACGCAAGUGCAUCCACCUCAUGGUCAUGACAACUAUCCUCAUAGCCAUGGCCCUCCUGGUUCGCGCCUGCCCCAGCUUACUCAGCGUAGAGCCACAACUAUCAGUGCACCAGGUCAAGGCCAACUUCGACAUCAGCAACAGCGAUCCUCUGUCAGUCUGCUCAACCAUUCAGGAAGUGUUAAUGGUGUUAGUGUUGAGACUUCUCCUGAGUCCAAUGUUCAAAGACCUCUUCACACCGAGGCCUGCAGAUCCAUACAAUCUGAAGAGAUGGUCGCAGCAAGCGAUGCUGGCUAUGGGAAGACUGACGGUAAAAGAGAAGGAUCUGAUCAGAGCUGUUCUAUUAACGAGUAUGUCCAUCCUUACUAUUUAUUUCUACUUGAUUUGACAACCUAG